AUGGGUCACAAAGUGAUAUUACCAGACACUUGUGAACCACUUGAGUGGGAUAGUAUUUCUGGAGGAUCAUGCCCUCAAUUAGUUUUUGCUGUAUUUGGAUUAUUUCGCUAUGACAAAGCAGGAGAUAAAGGGGUCCAUAGCACUAGGGGUGAAUGGUUGAUUGUUGAUGAGAUCUUGUCCCGUGGUGCUAAUGUUUACGUUAUUCAGCUGGCACCAAGACACAAUGUUCGGGUCAUAAAAUCCAAUACUGGCGACCCUAAGGACUCAGGGUCUGGACCCAGUAAUAGAGGAGCCGCUGCAGAGGGGGGGUCAAGUACGAUAUCUGGGGUUGCAAGCAAUGGAGCAGAAGGUGUAUCAGGUAUUGAGGUUCCUGGUUCGGUUGAUGACGACCAUGAACUACACAAGGAACCUAAUCCUGAACCAAGAGCCAUCAGGUAUCCCAAGCAAUGGAAAAAAACCCGUAAUCCACUGAACACUCCACAAGCAGUGGCUGAUGCGAUUCGAGAGUGUAUAAACCAUUUUGGAAAGGUCGAUGUGGUUGUGAAUUGGAUUGACGUAGGAUUCGACUACGGCUUAUUUUCAGACCAAAUGGCUGGUGGUAAAGUACCUGCACCUCCCACUGAGCUCAACCAGCAGGAAGAAGAAACCGAGCUACGAAAGCUGAUGGAACAGAAUACAUUUACUUUAUUCAAUAUUAUUAAAGGAACUCUGCCAAGUCUGAGGAAGUUUGCGUCGAUGGCUAAUAGUAGGAAGUCAAAUCACACUGAAAAUAAUGGAACCAGUAAUAGGACAAAUGGCAAGCCGAAACCAAGCGAGCCGAUAACCGUCAUACCUAAGAUAUUCAGUGUGUCGUCAAGUUUAGGAUUUAUAGGAGGACCGGGUGUUAAUGCGUAUUCCACAUCCCGUUGGGCAGCAGAAGGAAUGAUGGAAACACUAAACUAUGAAGUGCACGAGCAAGGCAUCAGAACUACUACCAUUGACUUAGGACUGCAUCCUUUACAGACAGCCCAGGUUAACUCUCUUGGUAACCUAGUAUGGGAUCUAGCACACUGUAAUAAUCCUCCUAUACGUAUUGCUCUUGGACGCCAGGCAACAAAAACUGUUAAGGAUAAAUUGCGGUCCGUCGUUGAGGAAGUCGAGGACUGGAAGUACCUUUUUGAGCCAGCACCGCGACCAAAGAACAAGGCCAUUAAAGCAUAG